AUGCCCCCGGUUCAACAGGUUUCGCCCGGCCGCUGGUUGGUUCCCGGCCGUGGGAUUGGGGAGCAGCUGGCACUAGCUUCCCUGACCACGGCUAGUGAGAUCCAUCCGGAGCUCACCAUUGACCUGGUCAAUCGACGCAUCAAAGUGGGCCGAUGGGGCAGCGAUGGGGUGUUGGGAGCCUCCCCAUUGGCUGUGGUUGGCCUGCCAGGUACGGCCCCUGCUGGCAGCGGUGCAGCUGGCGCGCCAAUUCCGACGCUGCGUGCGGGAGCCCCAACGGCCUCACCACUUCUCCCAUCCCUUCUGCCCGGCCAGCCACGCUGCAAAUGGGGUCUGGGAGAGUCAAUGGAUGUAACAGCCCCUCCAAGCAUGGCCGGACAAGAUUAUUGA